GGGACGCGGGCGCCGGCUCGGCUCCUCCUGCGCUCGGGCGCCGGGCUCCGGCUGGGCGGCGCGACGCGGGCCUCUCGGCGCGGCCUCCCUCCGGCCCGGCCCGACCCGGGCCGGGGGCGGAGGGACAAGGCGCGGCCCUGUUGAACUGCACUCCCUCCCGGCCCGGCGCGGGCGUAGCACGGGCUGCCGGCGCCGGCCGCGUAAGGAGGGAGCCGCGCCGCGCCGCGGGCAGCGAGCUCCGCAUUCGAACCUCCCUCGCAAAGACAGUCUCCGCCCCACAAUGCACCGCGGCGGGCAGCCUUUGAAAAAGCGGCGCGGCUCGUUCAAGAUGGCGGAACUCGACCAGUUGCCUGACGAGAGCUCUUCAGCAAAAGCCCUUGUCAGUUUAAAAGAGGGAAGCUUAUCUAACACAUGGAAUGAAAAGUACAGCUCUUUACAAAAAACCCCUGUCUGGAAAGGCAGGAAUAUUGGCCCUGCUGUGGAAAUGCCUUUCAGAAAUUCAAAACGAAGUAGACUCUUUUCUGAGGAAGAUGACAGACAAAUAAAUACAAGGUCACCUAAAAGAAACCAGAGAGUUGCAAUGGUUCCACAGAAAUUUACAGCAACAAUGUCAACACCAGAUAAGAAAGCCUCCCAGAAGAUUGGUUUUCGAUUACGUAACCUUCUCAAACUUCCCAAAGCACAUAAAUGGUGCAUAUAUGAGUGGUUCUACUCAAAUAUAGAUAAGCCACUUUUUGAAGGUGAUAAUGACUUCUGUGUGUGUCUGAAGGAGUCUUUUCCUAAUUUGAAAACAAGAAAGUUAACAAGAGUAGAAUGGGGAAAAAUCAGGCGGCUUAUGGGAAAGCCACGGAGAUGUUCUUCUGCAUUUUUUGAAGAAGAGAGAUCAGCAUUAAAACAGAAGAGGCAGAAAAUAAGACUCUUACAGCAAAGGAAAGUUGCAGAUCUCUCACAAUUCAAAGACCUCCCAGAUGAGAUUCCUUUGCCCCUGGUUAUUGGAACCAAAGUUACAGCACGAUUACGUGGUGUUCAUGAUGGUCUGUUCACUGGGCAAAUAGAUGCUGUGGACACUCUUAACGCUACCUAUAGAGUAACUUUUGACAGGACAGGGCUUGGAACACAUACCAUCCCUGACUAUGAAGUUCUUAGUAAUGAGCCUCAUGAGACAAUGCCAAUUGCUGCCUUUGGACAAAAACAGCGGCCUUCUCGAUUUUUUAUGACUCCACCACGGUUACAUUAUACCACUCCUCUGCAGUCACCAAUUACAGAUAACGAUCCUUUAUUAGGACAGUCACCUUGGAGAAGUAAAAUUCCUAGUUCUGAAACUGAAACAUUAGGUGGUUUUCCAGUAGAAUUCCUUAUCCAAGUGACUAAAUUAUCAAAAAUUCUGAUGAUUAAAAAGGAGCAUAUCAAGAAAUUAAGGGAAAUGAAUACAGAAGCAGAAAAAUUGAAAUCAUAUUCCAUGCCUAUCGGCAUUGAGUUUCAACGGAGAUAUGCAACGAUUGUCCUAGAGCUCGAACAGCUAAAUAAGGACCUAAACAAGGUUUUGCAUAAAGUUCAACAGUACUGCUAUGAGCUUGCUCCAGACCAAGGACUCCAGCCAGCAGACCAGCCAACAGAUAUGAGACGAAGGUGUGAGGAAGAGGCACAAGAAAUUGUUCGGCAUGCAAAUUCGUCAACAGGGCAGCCCUGUGUUGAAAAUAAAAAUCUCACAGACUUAAUCUCCAGGCUCACAGCUAUUUUACUACAAAUUAAGUGUCUUGCAGAAGGAGGCGACCUGAAUUCUUUUGAAUUCAAAUCACUUACAGAUUCAUUAAAUGAUAUCAAGAGUACAAUAGAUGCCUCUAAUAUCAGUUGCUUUCAGAAUAACGUAGAAAUUCAUGUUGCACAUAUUCAAAGUGGCCUGAGCCAGAUGGGAAAUUUACACGCCUUUGCAGCAAAUAAUACCAACAGAGACUGAAUAGAAGAUUGCAGAGGACAGUGUUUUUGAGAAGUUCUUUUCUUUCAUUUAGGCUUCCAACACCAAAUAACCCAACUGCUGGAAAACAAGGGAAUUUAAAUCUCUGUAUAAGGCAUUUUAAUAGACUGUACUGCUUCUUAAACCAGCAUUGCUAACCAGCAUUGUAUUUAUUUUUCUUUUGUUAUUCAGCUGCAGUAGCAUUGCUUUUUAUCACUUAAGUUUACUAGCAAGUAUUUUUAAACUGAAACUGGCUGUACAUAAAAUAAUUUUAUGGAAGACUGUGUUGGCCAUAUUUUAAUAUGCAUGAGUUCCAUCUAACAGACCACUAGUGCCGCGGAGAAUGUAAAGGAACGUUGCUUUCUGUGCACAAGUACAGCAAUGUGGAAAUAUCACCUAGAAAAUUACAACUUAGUUCCUUUAGUUGAUUGUCCUCUCAGUCUUCAAAGGAUAACAUCAUGGAAGAUGGGAAGCCCUAGUUGUAAAGAAGCUGCUGGAAUAUAGAUGGGAAACAUGGACUUUACAAGUAUAUGUGAUACAUACUUGCAAUGUGUCAUGGCUUUAUAGAUCAUUUUAUAGUAAUAUUUUAAUUUAUCAUAAUUUAUAAAAGAAACCUUUAUUGUUUGUCUGUUGAAAGAAUGAAGGCACAGAAAAGAAAAGGAAAAAGCAUUACUGCAGUAAGUGGAUUUAGCAUGUCUUGUUCCCAUCACUUCAGGGCGAAAGUGCUGUUCUUAGGAGAUUUAUUUAAAAAAAAAAAAAAAAAGACUGAAAACACAAUAUUUUCAUAUUUUUUGUUAAUUUGCACAACUUUUGAACCAGAUUACUGGUUAAAAUCCAACAGUACACAAUUUAUAGAGUAAAAAGAUUUUAUAGGGAAAAUAUUAUAACCAGUGCUGUGAAAUGCAGAAAAAAAAGGUUUGUAUUUGGUUAUGGGUUUUGGGGGGAUUUUUUUGUUUUUGUUUUUGCUCUUUUUCUUUGUUUUGUUUGAGGUUUUUAAAUGAAAACCCUGCCUAAAAUGUUAAUCUUGUAAAAAAGGGGGGGUGUAUUUGGAAUUUUCUUGUUUGAUUAUAGAUUAUUAUAAAGUGAAAUUUUAAUUGUUUUCAGAAACGGAGUUUAAGGUAUAGCUGUAGAAGUGGCUUUGAUUCCUUCAGAUGUCUCAUAAAAUGAGACUUUUUAUAUGUUAAUGUAUAAUAAAAUUGAGACAAAAUUAUUUUCCAUUUGAAAUUUUUGUAUAGUUAAAAAGCGCUUCCAUAUUCUUUGUUGGUAUUGUGCCACCGCAGGACUUUAGUGCAGAGUUUCUAUUUAGCUAAACUGUUAUGUUAAUUAAGAAAUGCAUAAAUCUUUUAUUCUUAAUAUUUGUAAUUCUAAAUAAAUUGAUCUAUGAAAAUGAAUAAUCAA